ACCCCGGCCCCCCGAGCCUUUCGCCAGCCCCCCCUCCGCCUCCUCCGCGCCCCAAAAUGCAGCGCCGCCUCUGCGCCCUGCUCCUGCUGGCGUCCCAGUGCAUGGGCUCGGCCGCCGGGCUCUUCCCCUUCGGGGAGCCCGACUUCUCCUACAAGCGCUCCAACUGCAAGCCCAUCCCCGCCCCGAUGCUGCUGUGCCGGGGCAUCGAGUACCAGAGCAUGCGGCUGCCCAACCUGCUGGGCCAUGAGACGGUGCAGGAGGUGCUGGAGCAGGCGUCCACCUGGAUCCCUCUGGUGCAGAAGCAGUGCCACCCCGACACCAGGAAGUUCCUCUGCUCCCUCUUUGCCCCCGUCUGCAUCGACGACCUGGACGAGAUCAUCCAGCCCUGCCACUCGCUGUGCCAGGAGGUGAAGGAGAGCUGCGCCCCGGUGAUGUCCGCUUUCGGCUUCCCCUGGCCCGACAUGCUGGACUGCAGCCGCUUCCCCAAGGACAACGACCUGUGCAUCCCGCUGGCCAGCAGCGAUCACAUCCUGCCCGUCACCAGGGAAGCACCCAAGGUCUGUGACGCCUGCAAAAACAAAAAUGAAGAUGAUAAUGACAUCGUGGAAAACCUCUGCAAAAACGACUUUGCCUUGAAGAUAAAAGUGAAGGAGAUUGCCUACAUCAAUGGGGAUACCAAGAUCACCCCUGAAACAAAGAGCAAAACCAUCUACAAGCUGAAUGGGCUGACAGAAAGAGAUCUGAGGAAGAUAGUGCUCUGGCUCAAAGGUGGCCUCCAGUGUACCUGUGAUGAGAUGAAUGACAUCAACGUCCCCUACUUGGUGAUGGGGCAGAAGCAGGCUGGGGAACUGGUGAUCACCUCGCUGAAGCGGUGGCAGAAGGGGCAGCGGGCUUUCAAGCGCUUCUCCCGCAGCAUCCGCAAACUGCAGUGUUAGUGGCUUCGGCUCUGGCUGUCCUCCAGCAGCCACCCCUGUCCCAAGCUCUCUGGGCCUCCAGCUCCUUCCUGCUUUGGCCCCUGUGAGCCUCCAGAUGCCGUGGGCACGAGGCACAGCUGCCCGAGAGGGGAAGAACCCCUCAGUUUUUGUACAUAGGUUAAAAUGUAAUAAAAAAAAAAAAUAAUGACUAUUUUUGGGAAGCAUUAAAAUAUCUCGCUUAAAGCUUGGGGGUUUUUUUAUGGUUGCAAAUGUGACUUUGCUCUGAGGUCUUUCCCUCUUGGUUUUGGUAAUGCUGGUUCAUUUAUCUUGCUGCUUCUCUGUGUGCGUGCAUGUUUGUGGUGGCACGGCAGGGCUGGCACCGCGGGGCUGACACGGCUCCCACCCGCGCCAGCGCUGCAAAAGUCACCUCACGACUCUUGCAUGUGAUACAUAGGCACCAGUAAGAGUAUAUUAACCAUUCUCACUUUCUAUUUUCCACAAGUCUGAGCCCUCUCUCAGAAAAAAAAAAAAAAAAAAACAAGUAAAAGUUUUGGAGCUGGUUGAUCUGAAUCCACCUUUUUUUUUUUAAUUGUUUUGCAAAUUAAACCAUCUGUAGCCUAACUGUAAUAUACCUAGUGGUUAAUCUGAAAGAGUUGUAAAAUAUUGCUUUAAUUAACCUUGUAAAUACUCCAGAUAAAUGUUAUAUUCUUGUAUAUAAACUUUACAUCAUAGUUUACUUAUUGUCUCUGUCUGUAUUCACUCUAAUCCAUUUUGGGAGAACUGGGAGGAAGAUGUCCAACUGGACUUUGUCAUGGCAAAGCAGAAUUUGUCAUUCCACCCUAAGUGACCAGUAGAAAAGCACAAGGAAGCCUCUAGUUCUGCAAUCAGAAAAUCUGUAGUGGACCUCAUUUCCCCAAAGCUGAGCCCAAAAGACCCAGGACUGAGGUUCAGUCAGCUCAUUUCAAUAUGUGUCUGUUGAGCUCUUGGAGAUGAGGCUUCUUUUCUGUGGCUCCUUUGUUCGGCUGCCUGCAUUUUCUCAUCUUCUCAGAGGACUUUCCUGACAUGGAACUGCAAUGAGACCACAGUCUUAAAAAUUAAAUCCAUCUUUCCAUUUCUUGAAAAAUACAUAUUAAGGAGGAAAAUGUCAUUUGCUACUUGCAAUUCAGAAUAAUGGUAGAGCAAGGCAUUUUUUUGUGUGUAUGUACACUCACUAUACUUAUUGAGAAAGAAAAUAAAAGAUACCUAAUAGUGUAACUAAA